GAUAUAAAACCCUUUUCUUGUCUCCAAAUCUUUCAGAAACUCUCAUAUCUGUUACAUGUCAAUGGCUUCUGCAAGUAAUAAUCAAGCUUCAUCUUCUUCUUCUUCAACUUUGCAUCCUACUAAAUGGGACGUCUUCUUAAGCUUCAGAGGAAAAGAUACACGAUACACAUUUACCGAUUAUCUAUACCAUUCCUUGCAGCGCAAUGGUAUUAAAACAUUUCGAGAUGCUCCUAAUAUCCGCAGCGGAGAAAUUAUUACAUCAGCAUUGUUCCAAGCUAUUCAAGAUUCCAAAAUUUACAUUGUUGUCUUGUCGCAAAAUUUUGCUUCUUCACAGUACUGUCUUGAUGAGCUCGUAGAGAUCCUCAGUUGUCGCGGAAAAUUGGAUAGAUUGCUUAUUCCGGUUUUUUACUGCAUCGAACCAUCGGUUGUCAAGUACCAAACCGGAAGUUAUGGUGAAGCUUUCAGAAAACAUGGAAAUUAUCAUGGUCCGGAUUUGUUGGAUAAGUGGCGUGCAACGUUAAGGAAGGUGGGGGAAUUUUCAGGAUACCAUGUCCGCGAAAAUACGUUUCAAGUUGAUGUUAUCAAUGAAAUUACUGAUAGGGUUUUACAAGAAAUUAAUACCAUGCCUUCGGCUCUGGAAGUAGCCCAAUAUCUUGGGAUGAAUUCUCCUGUUAAAGAUGAGGCAACAUUGUCGAGUAAUGUCACAGCAGGUGUGCACAACCAAAACAAUGGCCCCUUUAAGGGCAGCAGCUUCUUAGAAAACGCCAGGGAGGCUUCACAAACAAACAGAGGCAUAGCAGCUGGUUUACAACAGAAACCUGUCAAUGAUAUUCUUAAAUGUAAGAACAUCACUAUUGACAGUACUGACAGUGGAACUGAGUUGAUAAGAGAUAGAAUUUGUUCAGCAAAAAUUCUUGUUGUUAUUAAUGAUUUAGACGGCAUAGUGCCACUGGAAUUUUUAGAAGGACCAUUCAUUGUGGGGAGCACGAUCAUAAUAACAACACGACAUGAAGAUUUGCUAGAUCCAAUUGAUGAAGAAGCCAAGUACAAGGUUAAAGAAUUGGGUGAUUUUGAGUCGCGUCAACUUUUUUGCCAACAUGGAUUUGGAGGAGAUAACGAAAUGCUGGACACAUUCAGCGAAUUGUCCAAAGAAAUUCUGGAACUUGCUGGAGGACUUCAGCUGGCUCUUAAGGUUUGUGGUUCGGCCUUGAUCAAGGACUCUGAGGGAGGAUGGAGUUGUUUUAUUGAUAAGUUGAGACAAGUUUCUAUUGCCGGUGUAGAGGAGAUACUACUGAUUUGCUUUGAUGCACUGGGUGACCCUUUGAAAAAUAUAUUCCUAGACAUUGCUUGUUUUUUUAUUGGGCACGAGGAAAAAGAUGUUGUUCAGAUAAUGGAAACUUGUUAUGCAUCCGUGAACCAUGAUGUUGGCAUUUUAAAGAAAAAAGGUUUGCUUACUAUUAAUUAUCAUGGAUUCAUGGUGCGUCAACAAAUCAUGAUGCAUGAUCUGCUUGUUGAUAUGGGAAGGAAAAUUGCAUGUAACAACUCCCCUGAUGCAUCAGAAAAGCACAGUCAAUUGUGGGUACCGGAAAUUAUACAUGAGGUGUUGAAUGAGAACAAGGGAACAGAAGCAAUUGAAGGUAUGAUCCCGAGCAACUUUGGCUUCUUUAGGAACUUUAAUCCUUUUUCCGAGGAUAGCUUGGAACAUCUGGGGAGGAAAUCCAUUCUUGCCUCAAAAAGUAGACAAUAUGAUGCUGAAACAUUCAAAAGGAUGAGAAAAUUAAGAUAUCUUUACCUCCAAAAAGUGAAUCUCACUGGAAGCUUUGAACACAAAUUUAAAGAGUUGAGGUGGCUCUAUUGGGAGCGUUGUCCCCUGUGGUAUUUACCUUCUGAUUUUUGCCCGCAAAAACUUGUUUUUCUGGCAUUGCAUGGUAGCAAAAUAAAAACAAUGUGCACGUUCAGCAGGGUAGGCAUCUUUAAGAACUUGAAGACUCUAGACAUGAGGCAUUCUUUUGAUCUAACUACAAUUUCAGACUUCACUAGAUUACCGUGUCUUGAAACUUUAAAUCUCAAGUGCUGUAAAAGGUUGGAAGAGGUCCACCAUUCAAUUGGAAGUUUGGCGAGGCUUGUUUACUUAAAUUUAGGGGGGUGUAGUACACUAAAAGGUCUUCCAGGCAGCAUUUGUAACUUAAAAGCACUGAAACGCCUUCAUAUUUGGAGUUGUAUUAAUCUGAAAUCAAUUCCUAGGAACUUUGGGAACAUUGAAUCUCUGGUAAAGCUCGACGCAAGGUGGGCAAAUCUUAGAAAAUUACCAGAUUCGAUUGGUUGUCUUAGUAAGCUUGUUAAGUUGAACUUGUCUUCUUGUGAAAAACUUAUAACACUUCCGGACACUAUCUGCGAUUUGAGAUCACUAAAUAUUCUAGAUAUCGGUCGCUGUAGUAGUCUGGAAGCAUUGCCUGCAAGAUUGGGGAACCUUGAAUCCCUGGUAGAGCUCAGAGCGGGGAAUCUAAUUGUUUCAGAAUUACCAAAUUCAAUUGGACGUCUUAGUAAGCUUGUUAAACUGUUCUUGUCUUGGUGCCACAAACUUAAAACUCUUCCGGACACCAUUUGCAAUCUGAAGUCACUGGAAAUUCUAGAUAUUUAUGGGUGUACUAGUCUCGAAGCAUUGCCUUCAGAAUUUGGGAAACUUGAAUCCCUGGUACACCUCGGAGCGGGGGAACUUCAAAGUUGUAUCAACUUGUUGUCUAUUGCAGAACUUCCUUCUAGUUUGAAAUAUCUAACCCUUGAGUGCUGCGAGUCUAUGGAAAGAUUACCAAAUCUAUCCAAUUUGAAGCAGUUGGAGGAUUUAAUCCUGAGAGGUUGUCGUAGUUUGACAGAGAUUCGAGGACUGGAGGAAUUAACUUCUAUUCAAAAUCUUCAUUUCGGAGGUUGCAACUCGUCUCUACUGAAAUCCACUUUUACAAAACGUUUAUUUCAGAUAUACUCUGAAUUUGGGCAUCAGAUAAAAUUUUAUGCUCCUCCAUCAGUGUUUAUGGACUGGAUUAGUCGAUCAGCAGACUGGAUCAGCAAAACAAGUAAUUCUGUAUCGACAGUUUCUUUAGAUUUGCCAGAAGACCUGUCACAAAAUUUCUUGGCAAUGAUCCUUUUCAUUAAAUCCUCUAGUAGAGGUAGAGCUGUUAGUUCUGUUAAGACUACCACAAACAACAUUUCAUGGAGCUUUAGGUAUACAAGCUCCUAUUAUGAUGAUUAUCAAGAUAUUUCAAGCAUGGAUAUAGUACCAAGAUCAGUAUUCUCGGUUACAGACGAUGAUGAUAUAAUUGAAUUCACAGCAAGUCUAGAAGUAGAAUCUUCUGGUAUUGGUAUGCCUUUUACAAGAAAACUAGAAAAACCAGAAAUUCUUGGGAUUCAUCUAGUAUACAAGCCGGAGAUUAAGAUAACUGACGAGUGCGUACAGUCAAAUACAGAUGAAGAAAUCUUCUUUGAGGCGGUUGAAACAUUUGGAAUGUGACUACUGGCUCUCUCUCAAGUCCUGAACAAUUGGAUUAUUUGGAAAGUGAGAAGAACUAGAUGAACAGGAUAGUUCUUUGCCUGGUAGACGUGCGAAUUAUAUGCUUAACUCGAUCAUCAGUACUUCCGGACUGGAUUUGUCAAUCGGCAGAUUGGAUUAGUCAGUCAAGUAAUUCAGGGACAACAGUGUCUCUAGCAGACUAGCAUCGCCACCAGAUGUGCCUCAAAUUUUUUUUUUAAAUGAUUCUCUGCCUUCAAGACUCCGCCAUUUAUUCUGUAAAGACUACAGCUUGUUAUAUUGAAUGAUAUCAGAAAUAUUCAAGUUUAUUUUCA